UUCUCCCUAACCAUCCAACCUAGUUGGAAACACCACCAUCUAUCAGAAAUUCAGAAUCCACACUGUUUCUUUUAUCCUAACACAAUUCAUCAGUGAUCAAUUAAUAUCAUCUCUUCUUGAAUCUCUCUCAUAACUCAAAUUUUCCAAGUUUGCAUGUGCCUGUAUAUGAACAAGAAACUGAGCUAUUGAAGAUGAAUACCAUGUCACUCACAAGAGGGAAUUAUUAUAUGGAUGGAAGAUUGCUUAUUGAAGAACAUGGAAUUGAGUCAGCAAAUCAAUGUGUUGGAAAAGAUUUUCUUGGAGGUUCAAGGGCAAUUUGCAUUUGGCCAAAAUAUUUAACUAGUUCAAGGAAUAAUACUAAUACUAAUACAAAUAACAAUGGUAAGUGGCAAAGGUUCAAUGUAGCUGCAAAGAUUAGAAAGGGAAAGAAGCAUGAUUAUCCAUGGCCUGAUAAGAUGGAUCCAAAUAUCAGUAGUGGAUACUUGACUUACCUUUCUCACUUUAAGCCUCUGGCUGAGAAACCUAAACCUGUCACACUUGAUUUUGAGAAACCACUUGUUGAUCUAGAGAAAAAGAUUAUAGAGGUACGUAAUAUGGCAGAUGACACCGGCUUAGACUUCAGCAAUCAAAUUGAGGCUCUGGAAAGCAAAUAUCAACAGGCUUUGAAAGAUCUAUACACACACUUAACACCAUUCCAACGGUUGAUGAUUGCGCGACAUCCAAAUAGGCCAACAGUUCUUGAUCAUAUACUUAACAUCACAGAGAAGUGGGUAGAGCUUCAUGGCGAUCGAGCAGGCUACGAUGAUCCAGCUAUUGUGACUGGUUUAGGGACUAUGGAUGGUAAAAGUUACAUGUUCAUAGGCCAUCAGAAAGGUAGGAACACAAAGGAAAAUAUUACUCGAAACUUUGCAAUGCCAACUCCUCAUGGUUACCGGAAAGCUUUGCGCAUGAUGAAAUAUGCAGAUCACCAUAAAUUCCCUAUAAUUACAUUUGUGGACACUCCUGGUGCCUAUGCUGAUCUAAAGUCUGAGGAACUUGGUCAAGGUGAAGCAAUAGCCCAUAAUUUGAGGACAAUGUUUGGUCUCAAGGUACCUAUACUAACAGUUGUAACCGGCGAAGGUGGUUCAGGUGGGGCACUUGCCAUUGCUUGUGCCAAUAAAUUGUUCAUGCUUGAGAAUUCUGCCUUUUAUGUAGCAAGCCCUGAAGCUUGUGCUGCAAUAUUGUGGAAAUCUUCCAAAGCUGCUCCUAAGGCUGCUGAAAAGCUAAGAAUUACAGCUCAAGAACAUUAUAGACUUGGAAUUGCUGAUGGUGUUAUUCCUGAACCAUUAGGUGGUGCACAUGUUGAUCCUACUUGGACUUCUCAGCAAAUUCAGCUUACACUCACUCAGGCCAUGGAGGAGCUGACCAAAAUGAAUGAAGAAGAGUUGCUUCGCCAUAGACAGCUCAAGUUCCGGUCGAUUGGAGGAUUCCAAGAAGGCAUACCUGUGGAGCCAGAGAGGAAGAGAAACAUGAAGCCGUCCGAUGUAAACUCGUCCACUCUUACUGAUAUCGAGUCAGAGCUCCAAACUCUGAGAAAGCAAAUUUUAGAAUCAAAGGGACCAACUGAUCCUAUCACGAACGAAUCGAUUCAGAAGCUUGUAAAAGAAGUAGAUGAGGAGAUCACCAAAGCAAUCAUUUCAAUGGGGCUAGCAGAGAAAGUUCAAUCAGUAAGAAUGGAGUUAUCUAAGAACUCAAACCAACCUCUUAGUACUAACAUGGAGGAAAAAGUGGACAGAAUCAUGGAAGAGAUAAAUAUGAAGAUGGCGCAGCCGGGAGCAUAUCUAGGACUAAAACAGAAGCUUAAGAAGCUAGACACUAUAAAUAGUUUCAUAGAGAUGAAAGUAAAACAAGAGAAACUAAGAAAAGAGCUCAACGAGAAACUCUCGGCCGAUACCAAGGCGAAGAUUGCAAGCCUGAUGGAUGCUCAGGAAAGGAUACCGGAUCAUGAAUUGGUAGAGAAAGCAAUGGAAGUUCAGAGAGAGUUGGAAGAGGUUUUGAAAUCAGCUAACUUGGAAAUUGUUGGAGUGAUGAAGAAGAAUGUGGAAACUCCACCAGCAGAUAUAAAACAGAAGAUUGUAGAGUUGAACAAUGAGAUCAUUGGUGAAAUUGAUAGGGUGGUGAAUGCAGAAGAAGGCCUUAAGGAUCAAAUUAAGGAACUGGAGAAUAUGAUAGCACAAGGCUUGGAUUCUAAGGAUGCUGAGAAGAUGGAAGCCGGCAUAAAAGAGCGAAUCCUCGCUGCGUUGGAUGCUGCUGGAGUGAAGGAAAAGAUUGAGAGAAUGAAGGAGGAGGUAGAAUCUUUGUCCAUGGCAGGUUUUGAGGACAAGAUUGGUGUGGAAAAUGGUAGAUGCUAAAGCAAGAAUCGAGUCAUGAUCAUGUGUUUUUAUGUCUAAAUUAUCAUCUUAGUCAAUAUUGUAGAAAUGAAGGGGUUAAAUAACAUCUUGAAUUGCACAUAUA